AUGCUUAUUUUAAAAUUUUUUUUUGUUUUACUGUUGUCUCUAAAAGUUAAAUACUCUUGUGGAGAAGUAACUUUUGAAAAUACAACAGUAACUAAUUUAGAAUUUCCUGAAACUGAUAAAAUAUUUUACACAAAUGUGAGUUUUAAAGGAAAAAUUUAUGCAUUUAAAAUAAGUAAUGAUGAAAACUGUACCAUAACAGUGAACAAAACCUCAGAUGGUACUACUUGGGAAAAUACCAAUGAAAUAAAAAAGGAAGAAGAAAAUAAUAAUCCAACUAUAUUUUCUAUUUUUGUGAAAGAAAAUAAACUUAUAGUGAUUUUUAGGUGCCAAAAAUAUUAUAUUGCAAAAGCAGAAGAAACUUUAGUAUGGUCUUUGAAAGAAAUAGAAUAUACCGGAUUUGAUGAAAAUGCUCUCCCAGUAUUUUAUUCAGGUCCUAUGGUAUAUAUAAAUAUUGAAGAGAAAAUCAUUAUGUUCUGUAUGAAAAAAACAACUGGUGAUAAUAAUAUAAAAGCCCAAACAAAAAUAUUAGAUACCAACGCGUAUCUAUUGAUUAGAUGUGCUAUCUCUAAUGAUGAAGGACUAAAAUGGGAAAAUGCAACAAAUAUUUAUACUAGUAAGGAAAUUAAUGAUAAAGAAGAAAUAAGAUUGAGUAAAUUUGAAGGUAAACUUCUCGUAAAGGUUAGUAAAGAAACUUUAGGAGAAUAUUUUUUAUGCGACAUGAUGCAUCAAAAUAAUAUUUAUUGUAUUUCUAUUAUGCCAAAAAUAUAUAAUACUUAUUCUUUAAAAAAUUUAGAAGAAGUGAAUAAUUAUAUCUUUUCUGUUGCAAAAAAAGGAAAAUAUUUUUAUCCAUGCGUCAUUUAUAAUAGAGAUGAAGUUUUUAAACCCAAUGAAAAUAAUAAAAUCGAAGGAAGUAAUUAUGAAUUUAUUUUUGCUAACAAAUCAAAUGUAUUUCUUUUUUAUGGUAAAAGUGAUAACAAAGUACAUGUAAUAAAAAUAACUGCUCCUACUAGAAAAAUGGGUUGUGAAUUAACGGAAAAUAAUCAAUCAAAUAAAAAAUAUACAUAUGCAUUCACAGGAAUUAGUAAUAAGAAAGUAUGCGAAGUACCUUCAUCGGAAAUUGGAACUACAGAAGAUGGUUCAUAUAAAAUUUUUUAUGUUAAACUACCACAUAAUAUAGAAUUAACUUCUGAUUGCUUUUCAUUCCCUGAAAAUGGCGUAAAUGAAACUAAAACUAUAUUAGUAAAAAAAAAUAUAAAUGACAGUAAAACUAGUGAAAAAGAGAUUGAAUUCUUUUACCCAGUUAAUCAUAUUAAGUUUUUAUUUGCUGGAUAUGUAUAUUGUAUAUUAAGUAAUAAUUAUGAAAUAAGUUUAAAGUUUGAUGAUAUGAGAAAUUUUACAGAUAUAAGUUAUAUUGAAGACGAUAGCCCUUUUUCAGUUUAUUCAAAUGAUAUUUUAGUAUUUCCAUCAUCUAAAAAUUAUCCAACUAAUACAUAUAAUUUACCAAAAGGUUCUUAUUCAUUUUCGCUUGACAAUUAUAUAAAUUAUUAUGUAAUUUCUAAUUUAAUUUCUUCAGAAUCAACUACAAACCUUCCAUCUGGAGGAAAUGAAACUAAAUCAGUGAGAUUUAUAAAAGGAGGAAAAUCAUAUUCUUAUGAAGGUAUAGAUUUAACUGAUUCAUCACCGAAUUAUAAAUUAGUAAAUACCAAUAUAACAGAAGACAAGACAAUAGAUGUGAUCAUUGCUGAAUUCAAUGAUGAAAAAACAGUUGGUUUAGUAUGCCCACUUUCUCAAGAAAAUUUUGAGUGCUUUCAUAAAGUUUACAAUAACUCUGAAGAAUUAGUUAGAAUCGAAGAAGUAUUCGAUAGUGAAGAUAUUUUUGUAUUUCCUACAAAACUACUAUAUAAGGGAGAUGAAACUGCUUUAGAAACAAUUUUACAUUUAAAUAAACGUAAUGUUGAUAAAUUAAAUCAUGACAAAAAUAUUGUUCAUUUUCAUUGUAGAUGCCAAGUUAAUAAUCAUUCCGUAAAAGUGUAUUAUCACAUAUCAGCACAUCAUAAUGAAGAAUUUAUACAAAACGAGUUGAAUAGUCAAAGAAAUGUUGCUAUUACCCAAAGUAAUCAAGAAAUAAGGGAAAACGUUAUUGAAAACCCUCUUGAUCCUAAUAAAUCUAGUGGAUUUGAAGAUGCUUCAUCUAGAGGUUCUGAGAGGUUGGAAGAUGAAGAUGCAGAUGAACAAAAUCCUGAAAAUAAUAGUAUUCCACAUCAAAGUGGCACAGAGAAUGGCAAUGGCAAUAGUGACAGCAAAACAACUAAAAAUAUACUGUCUAGUAGUUCUAGAAGGGGAAGUAUUAGUAGUUUAUUCAGUUUAGUUUUAUUUUUAUUAUUAUUAAUACAUUUGUAUAUAUAUAUUAUCUAA